AGUAAAGACAACUUGGAUUAUUCACCUUGUUAUGUACAUUUUUAUGCCGAAAGAGGCGAUUUUAGCCGAGUUUAGCUACUUUUCGAGACGGGUGAUGCAACCGAGUGACGUAAGCGCGCUCCCGACAGGGGGUGCAUUUUACGGCGGGGGUGCAGAAUUCGGCACAACACCGGUCAUGCAGGCCGGAGAACCGCAGGCCCCGGUAGUGGCCACCGACUCAUCCCCCUGGAGAGACGCCGCGCUCGAAUUAUGUGCUCCGGGACACGCCGGCGUGUUCCUCCUGAGCGCGGUGACCCUCCUCCUGUUGGCCGCAGUCUACAAGCUGCUGUCCGGCCCGCUGGAGCUCCUCAAGGCGCCCGAAGACGUGGGCUACUUCGCCCAUGACGGCCGCUCUAAAGCCCGCGCCGCCAACGACACGCGCCGCCGCAGGAAGACCGGAGACCUGCCCCCGGUCUACCCCAACGGCUGGUACCGAAUCGUGGACUCCCACAUGCUCCGGAAUGGAGAAGUCAGAGAUGUGACCAUGCUUGGUGAGCAGCUGGCGGUGUUUCGAGGCGAGGACGGGAAGGCCUACGUCGUGGACGCCUACUGCCCACACCUGGGUGCCAACCUGGCUGUGGGUGGACGUGUCGUGGGAAGCUGCAUCGAGUGUCCAUUUCAUGGAUGGCAGUUUCGGGGCAACGACGGCAAAUGUGAGAAAAUACCCUACGCUGAAAAAGUGCCGGAUUUUGCUAAAGUGACCACCUGGCCCAGCUGUGAAGUUAACGGUCAAAUCCUGCUGUGGUUUCACUGCGACAGAGAAGAGCCUCAUUGGACUGUUCCGGAACAGCAGGAGAUCACCAAGGGCGAGUGGGUCUAUCGCGGCCGAACGGAACAUUUUGUCAACGCGCACAUACAGGAGAUACCUGAGAACGCAGCAGACCUGUCUCACCUGUCUCACCUGCACACGGCGAGUAUCCUCAGCGGAGCAGACCUGCGCUACACCAACAUGGACCGCUGGGCGUUUGUGCGACAUUAUUGGAAGGCUGAGUGGGCACCAGAGAAGAUCCCCAACAACCAUUGUUCUCAGAUGCUUGUGGAACAUGCUCUCUAUGUGUUUGGACGCCAUUGGUCCGUGUUGGAUCUGCAUGUUGUUGCAAGACAGGUGGGACCAGGACUGGUGUUCAUGCGCUUCAACCACAGUUUCUUAGGCAGCGGCGUGGUCAUGCAGAGUGUGACGCCGGUGGAGCCUUUGUUGCAGCGUGUCACACACACCAUCUUCUACCAGGCCAACAUUCCAGCCCUGGUGCCCAAAUUCUUCCUCAAAGCAGAAUCCAUUCAGUUUGAGCGGGAUGUGAUGGUGUGGAACCACAAGCGCUACAUCGCCAAGCCUCUGCUGGUGAAGGAAGAUGCUGCCAUCCAGAAACACAGACGCUGGUACGCUCAGUUUUACAGCGAGAACAGCCCGCGGCUCCAAUUUCAGCGUGACACUUUGGACUUCUGAUGCUCCUUCGGUCAGUUCAUCAGCAUCUGAGAAAAUGUGUGUCCAUUAGUAAUAAUGGGGACCGCAUAGUGUGUGUGUGUGUGUGUGUGUGUGUGUGUGUGUGUGUGUGUGUGUGUGUGUGUGUGUGUGAACCAGUACCAACUACACAAGUAACAAAAAAAGGCAACACACUACUUAUUAUGUACAUAUAUUUGUAUAUUUAGUACAUGUUUUGUACAUUUCUACAAUAAUGUAAACUGAAUGAAGAUUGGUUGAGAAAUGA